AACGCCGCUCGAUUAAAUGACCCAUUUUUACGAGUUCACCGAGAGGCGGUGUAUUUCGCAGAGCGCCUGUUUUGCCAAAUUCCUCGUUUGGUUCCACGCCGGACGCAUCCUCCCACGCUCGGGCCGGGCGCGUGAACCCCUCGCCGCCGUCGCAGUCCCGUUGCCGGAGGGCGAGAGGGACGAGAAAGAAGAGGGCAAGAUGAAGACGACCAAGGGGGGCAAGGCGAUGAACCCCACAGACGCGUUCCGCAAGGAGCAGCGGAAGAAGGAGCUCAAGCGGAACAAAAAGGAAAGGAAGAAAGUGCGGGAUGUUGGCAUUUUGAAAAAGGAUCCGGAGGCUAUAUGGGAGCAGAUUGAGAAAUUGGAGAAGAUGAAGGCUGAUGGUGCUCUGGACAAGGCUAGGAAGCAUAAGAAAAGACAGCUUGAGGAUACAUACAAUCUUAUUGUUAAGAAACGUAAGGAAUAUGAACAGAAAAUGAAAGAGAAGGGUGAACAACCGAUUAUGUUCAGCCAUCUUGCACCACCAAAGAGGCGGCCUACAGGAGAUGAAGAUGGUAGAGCUAAUCCUAAGCCCGAGGACUCUGUUUACUAUCAUCCAACCUUAAAUCCAUCUGGAGCACCGCCACCUGGAAAACCUCCGAUGUACAAAUCAUCUAUAGGGCCAAGGAUCCCACCGCCUUCCUCAUCCAGCACUGGGGCCUCAUCUUCCAUGUCAGAGUCUGAAGCAGGUCCAACGACCCUGCCACCCCCUCCACCACCACCGCCAUUGCCAGACACCUCAGAGUCCAUUGAUCCACCUGCUCCUCCUUUCCCUUUGCCUCCACUCCCGCCACUGCCCCCACCACCACCUAAACCUAACAGUGACGCAGCAUUGCCAGGCUUACCUCUGCCUCCUCCUGGUCCACCUCUGAGAGAAUCUGUAUCAGGUCAUACAGUACUUCCGCCGCCACUGCCUCCAUCACAGAGGUCUUCAAAUCCACCACCAGCAUCUAGUGCGAAUGAAAGCAAAACAGAUUCUGCUUGGCCCUUAGUUGUGUUGCCUCCACCACCCCCGCCACCUGGGUUGUCACCAAAAUCAUAUGACAUGGAGGCUGCUGGCACUUCAAAGGACACUCCUGGACUUAAAGAAGAUACUGCAGCGAGAGUCUUACCACCACCGCCUCCACCUAGUUUGCCGCCUUUACCUCCAAUGCAAUCUGAUAUGCUAUCUCCUGGAGUCAUGAGAUUACCACCACCUCCGCCACCACCAGAUUCAAGGCCAUCGCUUAUGGCUCCUGGUGUUAGCAGGCCCCCUCCACCUCCUCCAGUUCCCCCGUCUCAAAUGCCAAUACCACCAUAUGGUGUCCUCCCUGGUCCGCCACCGAUGCUUAGGCCUCCAUUUUUGCUAGGACCCUCUAUGCAACUAGAUGAGCUUGCUGCCUUUGCCCCAAGGCCUCAGUUACCUCAGCAGCCAUCAUAUGUAAAGUCGGCUGCCCCAACAGUUGUUAAGAGACCAUUAGCACAGCACACUCCUGAGCUGACGGCUAUGGUUCCUGCAUCAGUUCGUGUCAAGAGAGAAUCUGCGCUCCCCAAACCAAAACCAAAGGUGCAGCAGCAGCAGCAGCUAUCAACAGCAUCCAUUUCAAGGCCUUCAGUGACCCUCAUAAGAAGUGAUGCUCGGCCUUCUUCAGCGGCACCCAAGCCGCCAAGUAUGGACGACUCCUACUUGGCAUUCUUGGAAGAUAUGAAGGAACUAGGGGCACUUGAUGGGUAACUCAUAGAGUAACUGCCUGAGUGCACUUAACAGCUUAAUUCAUGGAAAACCUGGACAUGGGACCUUUUUUUUUUGCAAUGUGGUAAAUGGAUAGUCUCUGCUCAGUCAACCGGAGCUGCCGCGGAGAAAGAAAAUCAUGCAGUAGUUUAAUUGAAAACCCGGGAAAACGAUUGUAGUCUGGCUGGAGAUGUCUGAACAAGCUGUACAAGCUCAAGCUGGGAGAUAUUUGUGGCCCAACUUGAAUAGCUGGAGACCUUUUGCACACUUGAAUAGCUGUACAAGCUGGAGACCUAAAGGCUCUUUGUGGCCCAACUGUACACGUUUGAGAUAUUUGGAACUUGAAUAGCUGCUGGCUCUAGCGAAGGAUAUCUUACAGGUGCUCUUUAUGAUUCAUGAUUGCACUGGCUGAUUUGCAGAUAAUACCAUUACACCAGUCGUGGGGAGGACUACUGUUGUGCCUUAAUUUUUGUAUGGUGCAUUUGCCUUGAAAACCAUGACGGAGUUGCUGUCCUGGGACCCCAUGUAAACUUGUGACAUUCACAAAUGUCGGUAUUGGUUCUAUAGACUAUAGUCCGGCGACAUUACUGGAUACGAGCCACGGCUUCUAUAUAAAAGUUUCGUGCUUUCUGUGCUGAAAUCUGAAAUUAACAGUUUUUUAUUUGGCCAGA